AUACCAACUGUUACCUUCACUGUGUCUUGUGUAUAUCAAAGUCAUAAAUGGAAUGGAUCACCUCUAUCGACCUGCUCGUUUUCAUCGUCAUCUUCAAGCCCAAGCACAACUUCAACCACCACAACGAGCUCACAGCAAAAACAACCACCACAACGAGCUCAAAACAAAAAACAGCCCAGAAAUCUACUUCAACAAAGAAACCCACCACAAGUACGACCAGUCCUUCCCCGGAAAUAUGCAAUCUGGACACACUGGUGUCCAAAUUAGCCAGCCUACAUGCUGUGCCUGUAGGAACACCAGAAACGCAGGAUUUUAAAUUAGGAGAGAAGCUGCAUUUCAAAUGUGCCAAAGAUUAUCGGUUUAUAAAUGGUAGUUUGGAGCAAGGAUGUGGAUCCGAUGCAUCCUGGGAAAAGGAGAUGCCUUACUGUAAAAGAUGCAAAUGUCCAUGUGAACGUACAAAAAACCAGGUAAUUAUCAGGACACAAAAACAACUUCAGGACAAAAUUGCUGCCAUACAAAAGAAACUUGUGGUGGAGAAAAAGAACCUGGACAGCCAGAAAAACGCCAAGAUUUCUGUUGCGGAUCCUCGUCCGUCGGCAAAAGCAGUAGGAUCUAUUGUCGGUGUGUGAAUUAUUACGUUCGUAUUCACCAUCAUUGUACUCUCAGACCUGCCAGUGCUGUAAAGACAUAUUCGAUUUGGUCCUCGCAAGAAAAUUAAGGAAAGGGCUCAAUCACAUUCCAAAAGUCAAGGGAAAAAGUAGAAAAACAUUUAAUUUUCCAUUGAAAAAUAACAAUUAAUUUGUAAUGUAUCUACUAGUAUAUUCUAUAAAAAGAAAUGAAUUUAUACAAUGACAUCAUAUUACCGGUCUGGAGAGGAAGAGCAGGGUAUAAUGACUGUUCCUCUUGACAUAAUUAUAUGUACAUAAAUCAUUCUUUCAAUGAUUAAAUUAUUAAGUUUUCACAUAUUUUUUCAUUCAAUAUAUGCAUUUUCUUA